AUGAUGUAUGAUAUAUACAAGAGGAUUGAUGCGAGUUAUUAUGGUUACAGAGAUGAUGAGGAUGGAAUAUUGGAGAAGCUGGAGGGCCCUGCGGAGAAGAAGAUGAGGGCAGCAGCGGUGGCAGAGUGGAUGGAGAUGGAGGAGAUAAAGAGGGAGGCAAGGAGGGCUGUGAAGAGCGGGGAGGUUGCGGAGGUGGGGGUUGGUGCAGCUGCGAAGAUAUUGUUUGAGGAGGAGGAGGAUGUGGUGGAGGAGGAGAGGCAGAGGGAGAUGGAAAGGAAGGAGAAAGAGGAGGAAUUUGUAGUGCAUGUGCCAUUGCCAGAUGAGAAGGAGAUUGAGAAAAUGGUGUUGGAGAAGAAGAAGAUGGAGCUUUUGAGUAAGUAUGCGAGUGAGAAUUUGUUGGAGGAGCAGACUGAAGCAAAGGUGAUGCUUAAUAUUCAGCGUUAA